GCCAUUUUGUCGUCCCCUUUUAAAAAAUUAUUUUAUUUAAUUUGUUAAAUAUUGGCUUAACACACCUAUACUUUUUAAUAUUGUUUUUAUCUUUUGUGGCGUUUAUUUUUAAUUUAUUUUAAUUUUGGCGAUAAAAUUAGGUGUAUGUAAUAACAAUUUUUAAAAAAUAUUCAGUUUUUAUACUAGAGUAACUUGUAGUUUUAUCCCCUAGUAGAUCAGAGAAUAUAGUGAGGUUUUUCAAUUUUUUCUAUUAAUUAUUUUUCAAUUUUUUCAUGACUUUCUUUUAUUACCUAUAACAACAUUUUUUCAAAAGCAUUAAUAUUGUAAUGUUUGUUUAUUUUAAACAACAGUUUAUUUAUUAAUAAUUUAUUUAAACACAAAUUUCUAAUUUCUGGUGGGUUCCAGAACGUUCUCGCCAAAAUUAGAAACAUUAUCACGUUUUUCUCGAAUAGUAAUCAAAAGCGCCUUCGCCAUAGUCGUCACAUAUGUUUGAUCUUAAGGAGUUUAAUGUAUAAUAAUUGGACAAGUUGAGCCUCAAAAGCCAAAUAAGACGGAGAGGGACUUGGAGGAUUAGAGCAUGACUGAAUAGCGAAAUGGCUCACAUUAUAAUAUGUUGUUUAAAUAUAUAUUAGUAUUAAUAGUAAAUCAAUAUUUAUUAUUAAAUAAUUCUUAAAUUAAAUUAAUAUUUCAUGUUGAUUGCGAUAGCUUCACCUUUUUUCUUUUUCUCUUACCCACUAGGGGUGCCAGAAGAUGAAGUUAAGGUACCAUUUGGGAAUGCGAGACGAAGACCGACUUCAAACGACAUGCAGCAAGCAGCAAAUCUGAAAACGGUCUCUUCAUGUCUGAACACAUGUAAUUAUAUGAAAUACAUUUGGGAACAGACGACAGCACUUUUAGUUUGGCAAUAUUUGUUGCUUUGCUGCUGUCGUCUGUCGUUUGCCUCGGUCUCGCGUUCCCAAAUGGUAGCUCUUUAUAAUUUUCGAAACAGGUCGUAUUUGAAAUACGUAUCAUUGUGAGAUUCAAAGAAUCUUUUUCUUCCUUACCCUUUCAUUUAAUUAACUAAUUCACAUAUAGCUACUCCAAGUUUGCAUUUACAAAAUAUUUUUAGAAAAUGGACCAACGCUUGAUUGUUGUGAUACUAUGUAUACUAGGAACUACACUGUUUGUUAAAGGCCAGUUAAAUGGCGUUAAACCUCUAUUAAUACCGUGCUACAAUGUAUCGGCCAUACCUGGAAUCAUUAUAGCUGAUAAUAGACCGCCUAUGAAUUUAAAUAUUUUCCUGGAACUUCUUAGACGUCUUGAAGAUGCUAAUCCAACACUAACUGCCAGAGAAUUCUCGAGUCUGAUACUACAAAGACUCUGGCAAAAUGGAAUUACAUCAACUGGUGGAAAUAUUGACUUGAAUAUUUCAAUACCUUUUACUCCUUAUGGACUAGAAGCUUAUAAAGGAACUCUGAUUUUACAACAAUAUUUACCAAAUUCAGCACAAACUUUUUAUUAUGGGGAUCUCCAGCAAGCUGAUCUGUGCGCCUUACACUAUAUGAUCUCUGACACCAUUAACAACACUGUUAGAGGAGAUGAAUCGGUUACAUGUGUGAGGUCAGCCCAGUACCAAGCAAGAUUCAGAAGAGGUCUAGAAGGUUCCGAGGAAUCUGUUGGCGAUGAUGGAAACGCUGAUACAGAAUCAGUUCUUCAUUUGACUCCACGUCGUCUCGCUAUAAACCCUACGACAGUCUCCAGUCAAUGUCCUGUUGAACUUGGAGUACUAUACACAAAUCAUGGAACUGUCAAAAUUGGAGACGUACUAUCAGGAUUAGCCACAGCUUUAAAUCAAGAAAAUGUCAAAGGAUCAGAUAAUAGAUAUGCUGCUACCCUAGCUGGUAAUUUAGCUCAUGCUGCACUAUCACAAGGUAUAUCAUCAGUGCAAGUGGGGUCGUCCGGAGGCUGGAACAGUACAAUUAAUCCAAAAUACUUUUUCCUCCAAAGAAAUUCAUACUUGGACUUUACUGAUCAGGAUAUAAGAGGUUCGGUUGAUGGUAUUUUGUUGGCUUUACAAUUGGAAAGAUCUAUUAAAAAAAAAUAUUCAGAUGUUAAAUUAUCACAAAUCAUUGAUAUGUACUACUCUCCUGAACAAAGAGGUGUAUUUGAUUCGACAUUCAGAGCUUGUAACAGAAAUAUUUUGUAUUCCGAAUUCGUUAGUGGAGAUACUCUUUCAACCGAAGUUGCUUCAAUCAUAAAAGAAUUAGAUAACUCUGGCCAGUAUCCAUAUACUACCAAUCCUGAUAAAUAUCAAUUACUAGUUGACGGUGCAGUUAACAGUUUCGCCAAGUAUUUCCCUAGUAUUAAUGAUUUGGCGUGCCCGCAAGUUGAUUCUCCAACAGAAAGAGUGUCUACUGAUCUGCUCAUAUUUUUGGAUCCUAACUGGAGCUUUACUCCAAUACAGUCAAUAAUAUCGUACAUUCUAGAUAACAUUGACGUGAAUAAAUAUGGUUCACGAUAUACACUGUUCAGUGGUGCAGACGCCACUAAUCUCACCAAUAGUACAAGCCACUUGUUGGAAUUCCACAAAGCUUAUAAUCUUUCUAUUCAUGAGAAGUUGAACAAACAAUUCGAUUAUUCAAAAAUAUACGAAGUAAUGGAGACGAUUGUACGGGGAAAAUUGAAUAACAAUACUUACACUGGUGGAGAAUCGACAAUAGUAUUACUUGUGACAAGGACACCUCCAAACGAAUCACACAAAAACUUUUUGGAACAAAGAAAAGAAAUAAUAAAGCAAUUAUUGCCAGACGUCACAGUGAUGGUACUAGGGUCCGGAACACCUGGAGAAUAUUCAUCGAUUCUGUUAAACCCUAGUAAAGAUUUUAUUCCUUUAUCAGAUACUACUAAUGAAAAUGACUUAAAGUCUACAGCAAAAAAUGUUAUUGAUAGGAUCAAGACCAUUCCAAGAUCAAUAGUGAAUCCCAACUGUGCUUACGGCUUUACAGGCUCUACAAGUACUUUCUCAACAACGCAAUACGUAGACCUCAAUUCAGUCAAUUAUUACAAAAUUGUACCAAAUUAUUUCUUCAAAGGGGACGGACCAAGAAUUUUAAAAAUAACUGAAACUAGUACUGGUUCAAUUACUGUCUGCAUUUCCCGUAAUCAAAGCAGGCCCGAUAGUCUGUCUGCAAAUUGCAAAACUAUACAACUAAAUGUUCAAACUAGUGAUAUAUCAGACUGGUGUGGAAGUAAUUUUGAAGAGUGUGCUCCUAUUUAUUUAUCAGUAUAUGGGAAUACCACUCAGUAUAGAUGCAAAGAUUAUUUCUGCCGCUAUCCAGACAGCGUGAGGUACACAAUAUCCUUGGAAAAUGUUGGAUGUACCAGUGGUACUUAUACUAUUAUCGGCAAUUUCUUCCUUAUUGCGACACUAUUUCUUUAUUUAAGAUUUUAGAUGUAUAUCAUUUAUUAUUUACAAUGCAUUUUUUGAGGUCCCAUACAUGAUUCUUAACACAUUGACUAAUUUAGAUGUUAUGUCCUUUAAAUUGGCUGCGUCAGUUUUCCCUGGUGAUAGAUAUACGAAGGAGUCAUUUUUUACAGCCCUUUUUAUUUUAUGUCAGAAUAUUAUUAUCUAGUUACUUAUUUUUAUAUACAUUUAUAACGAGAAGGAGGAAGAAAAAUAAAAUGCAGUUUGAACAACAAAACAGUUUCAAUCUCAGCUAUUCAAAUGGAUUUAAAUAUUACGUACAUGGAUGGUUAUUCAGAAUCACGUAUGGGGGAAUAGAUAACAUUUUCGUAAAAACAAAUUACUUUUACUGUCAAACUUUUAAAACUAUUGUUAUAAAAUGUAAAGAAGUUGGAUUUGGGGUUAGUCAAGAGAAUUGAGAAUUUUUAAUUGUAUUAUAAUGUUAAGAAGUUUAUAAAAAUAAGAUUUUUAGUAGUAGUAGGUAUUAGUGGUAUUUAUUUAAGUAGUGUUUUAUAAAUGAUGAAGUAUUUUAAUAAAAAAAAACAAUUUUUAUGAAUAAUACUGAUAAUUAUA